AUGCAGCCGCUGCUCCGGCUUGCGCUCCUUCAGCCCGGGCAGCCGGGCCAACACUGCCACAUGCCUGUGACCCAGACGCGGGGAGAGAAAGAGCAGCCACCCCACGACAGCGGUGGCGGCGGCGGCGGCGACCGGAAAAACCCGGGCUGGAGGCCCAGUAGAACGGCUCCUGCAAAGAAGGGUGGCGAGAAGAAGGGCCGUUCUGCCCUCAACGAGGUAGUGACCAGAGAAUACACAAUCAACAUUCACAAACGUAUCCAUGGAGUGGGUUUCAAGAAGUGUGCCCCUCAGGCACUCAAAGAGAUCUGGAAAUUUGCCAUAAAGGAGAUGGGAACUCCAGAUGUGAGCACUGACACCAAGCUCAACAAAGCUGUCUGGGCCAAAGGAAUAAGGAAUGUUCCAUACCGCAUCCGUGUGCGGUUGUCCAGAAAAUGUAACGAGGAUGAAGAUUCAUCGAACAAGCUCUAUUCGCUGGUUACCUACGUACCUGUCACCACUUUCAAAAAUCUACAAACUGUUAAUGUGGAUGAGAACUAA